AUGGACAAGUCACAGGCUACGCUCUACGGUGUUUUGGCUGCCCUCGUAGCGAUAUACGUGUUCCGAUGGAGAACCAACCGGCUUCAGCAUAUCCCAACCCUCGGAGGUCCCUCCGAUCCGGUGCUGUCUUACCUGUCAGCGUUCAACUACAUCCUCAACAGCACCAAGAUUCUCAGAGAGGGAUAUGAAAGAUUCAAGGGUUCGGCGUUCAAGGUCGCAGACUUGGAAUCGUGGACGGUGAUUUUGAAUGGUCCAGAGAUGGUGGAUGAGAUCAGGAAACGGCCGGAUGAGGAGCUCUCGGCCAUGGAGAGCAACGAAGAGUUCCUUCAGAUACGCUACAUCUUUGGCAAGGAGCCGUACGAAGAUCCUUAUCAUAUUCGCCUGACCAGGGAUAAGUUGACAAGAACCCUGCCGGCCAUCGUCCCAGACCUAGUCGAUGAGCUGCGGGCAACCCUACCUGAAUACGUUCCCACUCAUGGCGAUGAAUGGACCACUAUAGACGUCACCACGACUACGCAGAAGAUUGUCGCUCGCCUGAGCAAUCGUGUCUUCGUCGGACUUCCCGUAUGUAGAAACGAAGAAUAUCUGAAGAUGGCAGUAAGUAUAGCGACGGACCUUAUCAAGGACGCAUUCAUCCUCAAGACGUCCCCCCAUUUCCUGCGACCAAUCGUGGCAUGGUUGACUAGUAGCACGAGGCGGACAGUACGUCGCGCCCUCCCAUAUCUGAGGCCCGUUAUCGCAGAGAGGAAGGAGCAGAUUGCAGAGCAUGGUCUAGGACAAGACUGGCCAGGGAAGCCGAACGAUAUGCUACAAUGGAUUAUAGAGAACGAGAUGUUGAGAGGUGCAGAAGACGAAGCCAUCAUUGCGAGGAUUCUACUGGUCAACUUUCAGGCUAUCCACACGACAUCAACGAGCAUUACACAUGCGCUCUACCAUCUUGCAGCAUCCCCGGAAUAUAUACAUCCUCUGCGCGAAGAGGUACAGUCCAUCAUUGCGGCAGAGGGAUGGACGAAAACGGCAUUGGGCAAGAUGCGGAAGCUCGACAGUUUUCUCAAAGAGUCGCAGAGGUACAACGGGAUAUCCUUGGUUGCUCCGGGACGGAAGGCGCUGAAAGACGUCCGGCUUAGCGACGGCACAGUCAUCCCCGCGGGCACGAUGGUCAACAUGAACACCCACCGUUUACAUCUAGACGACGCCUGUUACCCUAACGCGAACGAAUUCGACCCUUUCCGCUUCGCGCGCAUCCGCGAGGUCGAUGGGGAGGGCACGAAGCACCAGUUCACACACACGUCGAAUCAAUAUGUGGCGUUCGGUAUUGGACGGCACGCCUGCCCCGGACGGUUUUUUGCCGCCACUGAGCUCAAGGCGCUGCUCGCGUACAUCGUGAUCAACUAUGAUCUGAAGGUCGCUGGAGACGGGACGCGUCCACGCAAUCUAUACUUCAGCCACGCUAUCCUCCCGAGCAUGAGCGGGAAGAUCAUGCUCAGAAAGUGUCAAGUGGAGGAGGUAACGUGAUUGUAGAUUCUGGACAGGCGAGGCGUUAUACACGGAGUGGACAUCGUAUAAUAUCGCUGCAUAUACGCUUCUUGACUACUGUUUUGCUCAUCGACCAGCGGUCACGGGAUUAUC